UCGAUCCCUGUCCCCGAUCCUCGGCUCACCACACUCCAAAGCAGCAGCAGCCUGCAGCUCACUGAUCGUCCUCUACCUACUAACAAUCAAUCCGAUCCAGCCUGCUUGUUGCCUAGCUUAGCUUGCCGCAGCAGCCAGCAGCGUCAGCAGCCUUGAGCAUGGACAUGGGCAUGGCCACAGGCGGCGGCUUGGACUUGGAUGAGCUGAAGGUGCUGGCGAUGAGCCCCGGGGGCUCGGCGGCGUCGGCGGCCGCGGCGGGCAGCGAGGACGAGGCCGACCUGCGCCGGGGGCCCUGGACCGUCGAGGAGGACCUCCUGCUCGUCAACUACAUCGCCGCCCACGGCGAGGGCCGCUGGAACUCGCUCGCGCGCUCUGCAGGCCUGAAGCGCACCGGCAAGAGCUGCCGCCUCCGGUGGCUCAACUACCUGCGCCCCGACGUGCGCCGGGGCAACAUCACGGCGGCGGAGCAGCUGCUCAUCCUCGAGCUCCACUCGCGGUGGGGCAACCGCUGGUCCAAGAUCGCGCAGCACCUCCCCGGCCGCACCGACAACGAGAUCAAGAACUACUGGCGGACGCGCGUGCAGAAGCACGCCAAGCAGCUACGCUGCGACGUCAACAGCCGCCACUUCCGCGACGUCGUGCGCCGCGUCUGGAUGCCCCGCCUCGUCGAGCGCAUCCAGGCGGAGUCGUCAGGCGCCGGCGCCGGCGCUGGUGCUGGUGCCGCUGCCGAAGGUGGUGGCCAGGCCCAGGCGGCGGCGGCGCCCGCGGUUGCGCCGGCAUCGACCACGGCCAGCGCGCCGGCCGCGUACCAUCUCGGACCGUACGGCGGCCACCGGCAAAGCGCCGACGUCGUCGUCCCGCCGAAUGGCUACGCCGACGCGGACUACUACAGCUACAGCGAGCCUGGCCAAGCGGCGGCGCCGGCAGCCAUGAGCCCAGACAACACCUCCAGCGCGCUGCGGUCGACGCUGACGGACGCCUCGCACGCGGCGCAGCAGCAUCAUUACGCCACGUCGGCCGCGACUCCGACGAACGAAGGCUGUGGGGUCGGUGGUAAGGCCGCCGGACCGAUGAUGGACGGCGACGGCGUGGUACAGGAGGAGGACGAGGACGUGUUCGCCGGGACCAGGUCGGAGCUCCUCGCGACCGCCGGCCGCGACGACGACUCCAACUCCAAGAUCGGCCUGCCGGACUUCGAGUUGGGCGAUUUUGAGAUGUGGAGCCUGGAGGAUCUUUGCUUACAGCAGCUGUGCUGAUCAAUUAGUGCUGAUGCAGAUGCACGUACGCAACUACUACUAGACAAGAUAGAGGGACACAUCAAGCCACAAAGUGAAUAAUAAUACUCAACAUGUGAAAGAAUAUUGUCGGAGACAAAAAAAAGAGGAAAAAAUCAAGACAAGGACCACAUGUACAUCAGCAAGGAAAUCAGUGAAAAAAACUUAACCAAGAAGACCUUCUCACAUA